CAAGAACAGGGUGGGGGCGUCAUGCAGGUUACCGCCUGUACGUGAGAAGACUUUAAACCACUGUUGGCUUGGUAGCAUUAAAAUAUGCUUAGUUAGUUUCUGUAAAGCACACGGACUGGCUGUUAUAUCUCGUUUUUGGUGACAUCAUUAACAUGGAGGCUCACCUACUGCUGUGAAAACGGAUUCAAAAGUAAGAUACUACAACACCUUUUCAGCGUCAUUCAUAUUCAGCUGGAAACAUCACAUUAAAAAUAGAGCCAAAAUUGAAGCCCAAAAGUGAAGGAUCAAUGGACAAAUCUUUGAAGGAAGAAGAAGACUGCCAGAAAGGGGAAAGCAGCCAGCCUCCUAAUUUACAACCUGCUGCAAAGGAAGAGGAGCCACAUGCAACUCAUACUUUCGAGUGGUGCUGGAACGACAAGAAAUCCAAGGUUACCUGCAAUAAAGCAAGAACUGUUGAGGAGUUGCUGAAGACAAGUUCACAGUUUAAAGAAAUUGCAGGAAAGAACAAAGACAAAAAGCUUGUUAUUUUAAGAGAAGGGAAAGCUAUCAGUUCACACUUUCCAUGCUGCUUAAUUAAGGAUGAACGUCUGAUUAUCAAGUACGUUAAAGCUGUAGACAGGGAGGAGCAAUCGUUGGGGGGAAAUUGUGACCCCGUUGCUCUGAGGAGAAAGGGGCCAUCUAGCGAGCUUGUGAUGUUUCACGUGCUGACAAAGGGAGGUAAAAAUGUAGCACAAAUCAUGAGAAACCCAGUAAUAAAAACUGACUUUCAGGAAAUUACUGUUUAUGCAUACAAAGGGGAAAAAGUGAAGCACGCUCUGAAAAGAGACGGCCGUUUACGUAAUAUUGUAUUCAAAAAGAACUGUGCGCUCUCUCACAAAAGCACUGAAGUAACCACUGAAAUGUCCACUCUCGCUGAUGAUCUUGAUGGUGAAACCUUCAAGAUCAUUCUGCUCAAUAAGUCUGCUCCACCAGAAAGUCAGCCCGGUAGUCAGGAUGACGCUUACAUGAUGCAAAAUGAAUCUCUGAACUCUGAAUCUGACAGAAACCAAGAUCGUCCACAGGAGUCUGCCACAAC